AUGGCAGCCGUCCAGCUCUCGUUCUCGCUUCGCACCUCUUCCGGGGUCAAGACCGUCCACCUCCUCGGCUCGUGGGACAACUACGCCGGCCAGCUCCCGCUCGCCAAGGACAAGACAUCCUCCAAGUCCGGCGCCUGGAAAGGCACCUUCCGCUUCCAGGGCACCACCCUCCAGCCCGGCCAGCGAUACUGGUACUACUACAUCAUCGACGGGUACCACGUCUCCCACGACCCGGGCCAGUCCUCCACCACCGAGCCCACGACCGGCCGCGUCCUGAACAUCCUCGACGUGCCCGCCGAGAAGUCCUCAUCUUCGUCCCACAGGUCCUCCAAGGAGAAGUCCAGCUCGUCGUCCAGGCACCGCUCCUCGUCCGAUAAGGAGAAGCGCUCCUCGUCCGACAAGGAGAAGCGCUCCUCUUCAUCCAAGCACCACUCGUCUUCUUCCGGCUCCUCCCGCGAGAAGCACAGCUCGUCCAGCUCGCGCCGAGAAUCCCGCCGCGACAGCCUCAGUCUUUCAGUCGACAUCCCCAAGGGCCGUCCCCUCUCCGUCUCGCAGAUCCAGUCUCCCAAGCCCGUGACGCCGCACGCCACAAAGUACAUCCUGCAGGCGGACUACAGCGCGCCGACACUCGAGGAGCUGACUUCCCGCUUCAGCACCACCACCAUCGAUGGGGACUACGGCUACGAGAACCUGUCCAACAGCCCGCCCUCGUCCGUCGGCUCCAGCCUGUCGUCGCGCUCCGACUCCGACAGCCCUAGCUCGGCCUCCAGUCUAUCCGACUCCAGCUCGAACUGCACCUGCGAGCGUUACGGCAUCACGCGCGGCGGCGAAAGAGUCAAGUUUGACUGCGGUGGCUCCCGCUGCGGCCCCAGCGACGACGACUCGUCCUGCUGCUCCUCGGACGAGGAGUACGUUCCGAGCAGCUCACGGCGGCACGGCCUCGUCGUCCGCCGAUGA